AUGGAUGAGGAGGAUCUGGCUAAGAUCGCCUCCCUUUCGGAGGCACAAAAAACCGAGUUCCGUGCUGCCUUCGAUAUCUUCGUCGAUGAUCCAGAAGAGGAUGCUAUCUCUGCUAACAACUUGAACCGACUUUUCGCCAUGUUGGGCCAAACACCUACCCCAGAAGAGCUCAAAGAAAUGGUUGAAGAAAUCGAUGUCGACGGCUCUGGAUCUAUUGAUUUCGACGAAUUUUGCCUUAUGAUGGUCAAGCAAUUGGAAGCGGAGCAGGAAGAAAAGAUUCCAGAGCGACCAGAGAAAGAACUCGCUGACGCUUUUAAAAUUAUUGACUCCAAACUUGAUUCUAAGAUUGACUGGGACGAACUCAAGGCUGCUCUUACUGCUACUGGUGAACAGUUUGAGGACUGGGAAGUUGACGAGAUCAUGCGAGACGGAGACAAAAACACUGACUGGACUUUGGACUACGAUGAAUUCAUCAAUAUGAUGAAAUCAGUUCCCCAAUCUGUCUGA